UUCCUUGUUUUGGCAUACCAGUUUCGCUGCCUUCACUUCAUUUCCCCGAGGUCUGGCCAGUGACACUGUCACAUUUUUAUAAUUUUACUUUUUAUCUAUUUAUUAAUUUUUACAUUUGAGAGAAGAUCUCUGCUGGUUUUUUUUCAGUUUAAAGGGAUUUUUAAAUUAAGAGUUUAUCCAUAAUUUUGUCCUGGAAGAGUCGAUCGGAUUAAAGGCCAUUUAAUGGACUAAUUUUUUGGUCGUCUUGGUUGGACGUGCUUCGAUUUUGCUUCACAGGAGAGACAAGAUGAGCAAAACCAAGAACAAAAGCGAGAACAAGACGGAAAAGGCCUUGGCGGCGGAGAAGGAGCAGUUUGGAAAACAACAGCUGCAAUACAUCAGCAAGUGUCUGACCCCGGCCGAAGCACCGGCUAAAUCGAAAUAUGUGCGCAAUAUCCUCCUGGGGAGUCACAAGGAAGGUGGAGCGGCCACCAUGUGGUCGUACAUCCUCAACCUGCCGCUGUCCAGCAACGCCAUCAUCAGCUGGAAGUUCUGCUACUUGCUGCACAAAGUUCUCAGGGACGGACAUCGCAACGCUGUGAGAGACUCGCAUAAAUACUGCCGUAAUGUGAAGGACAUGGGCGCCUUGUGGGGCAACCUGCACGAUCGCUACGGCCACAUCGUGGCCUUGUCGGCGAAAUUCCUCUGCCUCAAAAUGGAGUUUCACAACCAGCACAAAGUCAUUCCGGGAAACUUGGAGGCAUCCGACGAGACUUUGGAGCGAGAAGCCGGAACCGAGAUGAAUAGAGUGAUGGACAUGACUCAGGAAUUGUUGGAAUACUUGGACGCUGGGCUCAAGAUGGCCGACACUGUUUUCCGUCAGAUGGAGACCAACGGAGCCAAGCCCAACACGCCGGCGGGACAGUGCCGCCUCAUGCCUAUGAUACCGCUCAUCCCCGACUGCAGCUUCCUGUACCACUUCUGCGUCUGUCUGCUCUUCAAACUCCACAGCCGCAUCGCAGCAGAUGUUCUUCUCGGCCACAGAGAGAGAUUCCGGGAACUAUUUAACAGCCUCAAGCAGUUCUUCAACAAAGCCAGAGAGAUUGAGUUCUUCAAAACCUACAUCCAGAUCCCAGAACUCCCAGAUGCUCCUCCCAACUUCCUGCGUGCGGCCGCCUUGGCCGAGUACAAGAGGCCGGUGGUGGUGAUUCAAAACCAGGACCGCUUUGAUGACGAUGAUACUGAGUCACAAGCCGAUUCCCAGCAGUAUUACCUGCUGAAUCAGAUGGGAAUGCCUGAUGCUGACCAAAGGGAUCACAACAAUGAAAAUGCGAGCCUGAAGAGAGAACUGGAUGUCCUAAAACCAGAACUUGAACUCAUCAAAUCUGAGGCCCAGCGGUGUGUAACGGAGCUCCGAGCUCAAGUCAACCACCUUGAGGCGGAGGUGGGGGAGCAGCGCACCCACAGGCAAAUGGCGCAUGCAGAAAACGAACACCUCCGCAAGGAGGUGGAGGCGCUACGCCAUGCCAAUGUGGCUAACGUAGGCGCUCAGAUCGGAUUCAAAGAGGCCGACAGUCGUGCGCAGGCGGCUGAAAUUCGAUUCACUCAACUCAAAGAGAAACAUGCCGAACUGGUCACCAGUCACGCUGACCUCAUGAAGAAGAACGCGGACACGACCAAAUAUCUGGCCCACUCCAAACAAGACCAGGAGGAUAUGCUGAGGACCAAACAGAGGCUGGAGAGCGAGCUGGAGAACCUUCGUCGGGAGAAGGCCAACUUGAUGCACCAGCAGCAGAAUAAUGCAGACCACCUGAAUAAAGAACUCUUGGAGCAAAGAGCCGAGUUAGCGCUCCUUCACAGCACCCUGGCGAGCAAAGAAAUGGAAGGCUCCCAGGCCAGCAGCAGCCUGGCGGCUCUUCAGGCAGAGCGUGACGCCCUGUUACGCUCGGCCCAGCAACGCGACGUGGACUUGUCAUCAAUGAGGCAGCAGCAGACCACUGGUGACCUUGAGAGGGAUCGCCUGAGUCGCGAGCUGGAGGCGCUCAGGGCUCAGCUGCAGCAGCAGCUCAACAUCAACGCCCAGCAAAAAUUGGAGAUUGACAGACUGCGUCGGGAGUUGGACACCACCCGGGCCGAGCUGGCGCGGGUCAACAACAGCUUGCAGAGCAAAGAGCUGAGCGGCUCGCAGCUGAGCAGCACCUUGGCGGGCCUGCAGGCGGAGAAGGAGACGUUGCUGCGCUCGGUGCGGGAAAAAGAGGCCGAGGUGAACUCGCUCCGGCAGCAGGCGCAGCUACAGCAGAGCUCCCUGGAGCAGGAACGCCAGCGCAGCAACAUGGAACUGGGAACCCUGCACGCCCAGCUGCAGCAGCAGGCCAAUCGUGAAGGCGAGCUGGCUCACAAGCUGCAGGAGGAGCAGUUCUGCCUGCUCCAGUGCGCCGUGGUGGAGGCGGAAGGCAUCAUCCUGGACGCCAUGGCCAAGCUGGACGACCCCAUCCACGUCCGCUGCAUCUGCUCGCCCGAUUAUUUGGUGAAUCGGGCCGAGACCACUUUGGUGUCGGUGGACAAAAUGCAGCAGAGUCACGUGAUCUAUCUGGCAAACAGGAAUGACGCCAGCGGCUUGCUUCGGGCGGUCACUCAAUUCUCCCACUUGGCCGCCGACACCAUCGUGAACGGCGGCGCCACGUCGAACUCGGCCCCCACCGACCAGGCCGACCGUCUGACUGACAGCUGUCGGGACUGUGCCAAUAACUGCCUUCAGUUCCUGAAGGACUUGAAACUGCAGGCCAGCUUGCCGAGAGCCGACUCCACCGCCAUACGCUACGCCAUCCAGCGCAUCCUCGCCCUGGGACAGGAGCUGCGUCCCAAGGGGCAGGAUGUCCUCAAGGAGGAGCUGGGAAACAUGGUGGACAAGGAGAUGCUCGCCACCUCCACCGCCAUCGAGGAAGCCGUGCUGCGUAUGGACGAGAUUUUGUCCCAAGCCAGAAAAGACACAAGUGGCCUGAAGCUGGAAGUCAACCAGAGCAUCCUGGGCUCCUGCUCCGACCUCAUGAAGGCUGUUCACAUGCUGGUGACGGCCUCGACAGAUCUCCAGAAGGACAUUGUGGAAGGAGGGAGGGGAGCCGCUUCCGUCCCCGAAUUCUACGCCAAAAACUCACGCUGGACCGAAGGUCUGAUCUCGGCCUCCAAAGCAGUGGGCUGGGGCGCCACGCAGCUGCUAGAGUCUGCCGACCGCGUCGUGGGGGACAACGGAACGUACGAGGAGCUCAUCGCGUGCUCCCACGAGAUCGCUGCCAGCACUGCCCAGCUGGUGGCCGCCUCCAAGGUGAAGGCGGAGCGCGGCAAUAGGAAGCUGUCCACACUGCAGCAGGCUUCGCGCCACGUCAACGACAUGGCCGCCGUGGUGGUCACCUCCACUAAGCACGGACAGCAGCAGAUCUCAGAGACAGGAGCGAUGGACUUCUCCGGAAUGUCGCUCAUCAAGCUGAAAAAAGAGGAAAUGGAGGCUCAGGUGCGGGUUCUGCAGCUAGAAAGUCAACUGGAUCAGGAGCGCAUCCGCCUGGGCGAGCUGAGGAAGCGCCACUACGACUUGGGCGCCCAGCAGGAAGGCGACUUGCCGGACGGCGACGAGAGCUUCCCACCGCCGCCGCCGCCCACUCUACUGGACAGCACCUCCUUCCCUCCGCCACCUCCGCCCGAGCCCGCUGCCGUUCCCACCUUUGCGUCCACGAACCCCUUCGCACCUGCCGCGUCGCAAACCUUCUCGCUGCCGUCACAACCUUACACACCGUCUCAAUCUUACUUGCCAUCUCAGGCUUACACGCCCUCGCAACCUUACACGUCCUCUCAGCCUCACACGGCGUCCCAAGCUUACAUCCCAAACGCCGGGCAGAAUUACUUAAAAACGUCCUACUCCAGCUUGCAACCCUCAUCGCUGACACCUAGCACCUCCCAGCACUCACCGCAGUCCCAGAGCACCGACUCCAAGACCACCGACUCCAAGAGUAUGGAAUCCGGAAAACUCAACCUGAGGAGACCGAGCAUCUUCUCCAAAUCCGGAAACUUGUUUAAGAAUGCGUUCAGACGAGGGGAAACGGGAAGUGGGACAGGGGAGUCUUGAGGCCAGACUGAAGAUGGACUCACAGAUAAUGAAAAUGUAACAUUUUAAUCUCAUGUUUCUGUUUGCAAAUUGGUCUAAGAAAGUCUUUUGUCAUCUCGUGUUUGGGUGUUGAAACUGCACAAAGCUUACAAUAAAGUUUACUGUUUUAAA